GGUUCUAUAAUACUCUGCGGCUCAUCUCAGGAAUGGCAUACCGCUGCAGUGGGACCACCAACCAACAGCUCAUUGCAAACAUGCGCACAAGCGGAUUGAUCAAUUCAGACAUCGUUGAGGCCGCUUUCAAGAAAGUGGAUCGGAAGAAUUACGUGCUUGACGAGAGCGAUGCGUACAUUGAUGCUCCUCAGCCGAUUAAGUGCAAUGCGACCAUCUCUGCGCCCCACAUGCAUGCAGAGGCAACGACCAACCUCCUGCCCUUCCUUAAACCAGGUUCUCGCGUACUCGAUGUCGGGAGCGGAUCAGGGUACACCGCGGCAAUCUUCCAUCAACUCGUCCGAUCAGAUAGUCUCGAGGGGGCAGGUCCGUCCGGUAAAGUCGUCGGGAUAGAUCAUAUGACCGAACUCGUCGCCUGGUCAAUCGAGAACCUCCGCAAGGACGGUCUUGGUUCCGCUCUUGAAAGUGGUGAGGUCGAGAUGGUCGUAGGUGACGGUAGGAAAGGGUGGCCCGCCGCUGCUCCCUAUGAUGCCAUUCACGUCGGAGCAGCAGCUCCUGAAAUUCCUAAAGAGUUGAUUGACCAGCUGAAAGCCCCUGGACGUAUGUUCAUCCCAGUCGGUACUGGGUUGCAGAAGAUCUUCCAGGUAGAUAAAGAUCAAGCCGGAAACGUUACACAAAAACCGUUGCUCGACGUCAUGUAUGUUCCCCUCACCGACCAGGCGACACAAGCGCGGAAGUUUUUCUGAUUCGCGAAAGACAUCUAGUCUUUAUUCUGAUUCUUUUAUGUAUAUUUUAGCAGAACAAGUUGCUCUCGCCAACGUUCGUGUACAGAAUCGCAAUUCUUUUUAUAUCCG